CAUACAGGACUCACAGAACUACAAUAUAGGGCUGGAAAUACAGUAUAAUAGGUCUCCUUUAAACUGUACCUCAGUACCAAAACAUGUAUUUUGGGCCAUUUGGGUCCAGCUGUUUACCAAGGUCUGCUAAUGCUUUACUGUUCCUACCUGUAUAUUAGGAUGAGAGAACUGGUUACAUGUGAAAAAGGUUUGCCAAAAGCUCAUGUGAAGAUCAUAUAAGGCUGAAUUUCAGAGACUCUCACAGGAGGUUUAUGAUAAUGUCUAGCUCUGACAUGCCAAGUGCAUGAAAUAAAGAGGAGAGCAACUUUCUGCUUCACUUCACUGUAAAUAGUAAAUGGUCUGUACUUGUAUUAUGCCUUUCUAGUAUUUCCCACCACUCAAAGUACUUUUACACUACAUCACACUCACCCCAUUGCCACACAUUUACACAGAAACAGAACUUUCUGUACAAUUCACAAUCACACCACUUUAGCUCACUAACCACAUUUCUUUCAUUUCCUCAUCUUAUGCUGAAAGUAAAGAGCAUAGGAUAGGUUGCUGGCAGCCUUGCAGAUACAUGUAUUCUGCAUAAUUGUGCAUCAUGCAGAGCAAUAAAGGAACUAACACCCACAAGGCAUAAAUAGUAAAUUUACACCAGCAUCCUGUUUCAAUCUGAAACAUGUAAGUAUUUCUAUUUCUGCUCAAAGAUAAAAGACAAUUUCUUUAGACACAGCAGGACUCAGGCAGGUUGAAGCAACACAGUGAGCGUGUGUCUUCAGCUGCAGCCAUGGCGCUCAGGUGGAUCAUUCUGUUCUUUGGCCUGGGACUGGCAGCAGCCAAGCUAACAGGUGACACAGAAAUUGAUGUUGAUGAAGGCCAAGACUGGGACAUCUUUAGCAUCAAUGAAGCGGCUGGUCUGGACCUGCUGGAGGGAGACAUCGUACAGGAGGAAACAUUCAUCAGAAACUCAAUCAUAGGAGAUGAGUAUCGCUGGCCAACAACCGUUCCUUACUACCUGGAGGACUGUCUGGAGAUGAAUGCAAAGGGAGUAAUCCUGAAGGCAUUUGACCAGUACAGACUGAAGACCUGCAUUGACUUCACACCAUGGAAAGGAGAGGGGAACUACAUCUCUGUGUUCAAAGGGAAAGGAUGCUUCUCCUAUGUAGGCAACCAGCGUAUGGGGAGGCAGCAGCUGUCCAUUGGUGAAUACUGUGAUACUCUAGACACCGUUGAGCAUGAGUUCCUGCACGCUCUGGGCUUCUGGCACGAGCAGUCCAGAGCCGACCGUGAUGAUUACGUCAACAUCAUGUGGGAUCACAUUGAACCUGGUAAAGAGAACAACUUCAAAAGCUACAAUGACACGGUGUCCAGUGCUCUAGGCGUUCCCUAUGACUACAGCUCUGUAAUGCACUACGGAAAGACGUACUUCAGCAUUGAUUCUAAGCCCACCAUCGUCACCAAGAUCCCCCACUUCAUGGAUGUGAUUGGUCAGAGGAUGGGGUUCAGUGCUAGUGACAUAACCAAGCUCAACCGUCUCUACAACUGCACCAAGUCUUCUACAUUCGUGGACAGUUGUGACUUUGAGGAGGAGAACAUUUGUGGGAUGAUUCAGGGUCCUGGCAAUGCAAAGUGGGAACAACGUAGUUCUGUGAAAGGAGGGCCUCAGACUGACUUCACCAACAUGGGACAAUGCAAAGGAAAAGGCUUCUUCAUGCACUUCAGCACGGCCUCUGCUAAACCUGGUGACCGUGCAGUCCUGGAGAGUCGUUGGCUUUAUCCCAAACCUGGAGCCCAGUGUCUGCAGUUCUUCCUCCAUAACACCGGGGCAGCAGAUGAUGUUCUCAACAUCUGGGUGCGAGAGGAUGACCGCAGCAGAAAACUGAAGCUCUUCAAGAGUAUUUCAGGAGGCGUCAGGGGCUCUUGGGAACUGCAAAACAUCAAUCUGAAUGUGACCAGGAAGGCCCGUGUGGUUUUUGAGGGCGUGAGGGGAAAGGGGCCAUCGAAGGGAGGUUUCUCUCUGGAUGACAUUAACCUGUCAUCCACAAAGUGCCCUCAGCACAUCUGGCACAUCCACAACAUCACCGGCCUGCUGGCCACCACACCAGCAGGAAAGAAACUGUACAGCCCUCGCUUUCUGUCACCAGCAGGUUACUCCUUCCAGGUGGGUGUGUACUUAAAAGGAACAGAGAACAAUCCAGGGUACGUGGCCGUCUACUUCUACCUGACCUCAGGCCCAAACGACAGCAAACUCAAGUGGCCGUGUCCGUGGCAGCAGGCAACUAUGGUCCUGAUGGAUCAGCAGUCUGACAUCAGACAGCAAAUGAACAUGCAUCUAAUGCUCACCACCGACCCUGACGAGAUGUUCUCUGAUGGCACAAAGUACUACUGGGACAAUCCCAGGAAGGUGGGCUCUAAAGUGACUGAGUCUGAUGGCAGCUUUUACUAUCGAGGACCAGGCUUUGGAACAACUGCCUUCAUCACCCACAGCAGGCUAAAGAGCAGGAACUUCAUCAAAGGAGACGAUGCCUUCUUCCUCUUCAGUCUGGAAGACAUAUCAGGUCUACUGGUAUCUCAGCCUCUUCCCCGCUCUGCAGUCCAUGCUGAUUCCAGUCUGAUGAAGGCUGCAGACCAAGGUGCUCCACAAGGAGCUGCUAAUAACCCCACAGUGGUCAUAGCGAUGGCAGGGUCUGCGGCAGCAGCCAUGUUGGUGGUGUUCAUGCUGAUCGUAGUGAAUGCCUGGAGGGUGAGGAAGAGACGGCAGGAGAGUGAUGAGGUGUUGAUCACAAAGAACAUGCCUGGAUUCAUGGAAGAGAGAACAUCUCUUCUCAUCACUCCAUGAUGUCCCAAUCAAAG